AUGGAAGCGCAGUUGUUGUGUUGUGAGGGGGACAGGCCUGCUAUCCGGAGGGCCUACCGGGACACCAACCUGUUGACUGACCGGGUCCUGCAAGCUCUUCUGCGGGCAGAAGACAAGUACCUCCCCGCUCCGAACUACUUCAAAUGCGUCCAGAAGGAGAUCUCUCCCUACAUGAGGAGGAUAGUGGCCACCUGGAUGCUGGAGGUGUGUGAGGAGCAGAAGUGUGAAGAGGAUGUCUUCCCCCUCGCUAUGAACUACCUGGACCGCUUCCUGUCAGUAGAGCGAACAAAGAAGGCUCACCUGCAGUUACUGGGAGCUGCCUGCAUGUUCCUGGCGUCCAAACUGAAGGAGACGAUUCCCCUGACUGCAGAGAAACUCUGCAUCUACACCGACAACUCCAUCUCACCUGCUCAGCUGCUGCAGAUGGAGCUGAUGGUUUUGAACAAGCUGAAGUGGGACCUGGCCUCUGUAACCCCUCUGGACUUCAUAGACCACUUCCUGUCUCAGCUGGCAGUAAGGCGGGAGAACCGACCGAUCCUCAGGAAGCACGCUCAGACGUUUGUGGCGCUCUGUGCGACAGACGUGAAGUUCAUAGCGAGCCCCCCGUCCAUGGUGGCUGCAGGCAGCAUGGUGGCAGCGGUGGAGGGUCUGCAGAUGAGGAUGGUGGGAAACAGCUCCAUGUAUGAGAAACUGACGGAGCAGCUGGCUCAGACCAUCAGGAGCGACCCGGACUGUCUCCGAGCGUGUCAGGAGCAGAUCGAGUCCCUGCUGGAGACCAGCCUCAGACAGGCUCAACAACAGCAACACUCCGUCGCCAUGGAAACCAAGAGCAGCGGCGAGGGGCAGGACCUCUCGGCCACGCCCACAGAUGUGAGAGAUGUAAACAUCUGACCGAGGAGGGGUAAAAGAAGUCGGUGGAUCUGACGCAGAUCUGAUCGAUAAGCUCCGCAGAGACUCAACGGUGUGUCCGAACUGUGAACAGGAAGUCAAAGAUGAACUGUGUGAAAGAAAGGAAGGAGGAGGAGCUGAUUGGACAGAAACAUGUCCGUGUUUCAGUGAUGACUCACACAGUCACAUUGAUCCUGAUUGGCUGGCUGUAACACACCUUACACUUGCCUUAUUGGUCAUGACUAUCACCUGAUCACCGGAGCUGUUUCAGCAGCUGACUCUCUAACGCUACUGAACGUGUGGUCGACGCCGGCCGCUGUUUGGAGUUCAAUCUCCUUCUGUUUCAUCCAUGUGCAGCUGAGCAGAGACUCUUCAGCUGAGCAUCUCAGGGCCUGUUUGAAUUAAAGCUUUAAGAUGUACUAAUGUCAGACUGAGGUCAUUAAGCCCCGCCCCCUCUGAGUUCUACAGCUUUAUAUGGCUGCUCAUGGUGGGACUAUUACCUGUCUGUUAAUAAUAAACAGAGUUUGAUGACAUGAAUGAAAUAUAACCUGUGAUGUAGAAUUCAUUUGAAACAUGUUUUUAUAAAGUGUGUGUGUGUGACAUUCAGGAGCGUGGUUUUUAUGGUUAUUCUCCUCUUGAAGCAGUUGAAUAAAUCUACGCCAUGCUCAA